UCAGGAGCUUAAGAUAACUGUUGCGUCAACGUAAGUCGGCCUUUACAUAACUUUGAUUCGCGCCACUGAAAACGUGAAUAAUGUGAUAUGGCAAACUAACUUCGCAACACUGCACGCGUGUGCGGUCGCCAGUGGCUUAGAUUUGGUUGAAAGUGUUUGAUAUAAUUUUUGCGCGGUUUUUCGAAAGUUGGAUAGAGUAACCACCAAGCAUGUCGGCUGACCAAGUAUUCCACUCCCGAUCCGAGGGUAUUCCCUCCGAGGGAGUAAAGGACCAGUACGCAGACGGCAAGGCGGCGCGAACGUGGCACAAGUUUGUGGGAGACACGACGGUGCGGACACAGAACUAUAAAAACUUCCUCAUUGGACUGCUGAGGAAGCAUGGCUGCGUCAAUGUGCUGGACAUCGCUUGUGGAACUGGCAUCGACUCCAUGAUGUUGGUAGACGAAGGCUUCAAGGUGGUCUCAGUGGACGCGUCCGACAAGAUGUUGAAGCACGCGCUUAAAGCGCGCUGGGAGAAGAGGAAAGACACCAAAUACGAUGAGUGGAUCAUCGAAGAAGCUACCUGGGAGACGCUUCCCCGCGACAUCCAACCGUUCCUCCCGCCGACCAAGUUCGACGCCGUCAUCUGCCUCGGCAACUCAUUCGCCCAUCUGCUCGACGAGCACGGCGACCAAAGGGUACAGAAGAUGUGUCUGCAGAACUUCGCGGAAUGCCUGAAACCGGGCGGCCUGCUGUUCAUAGACCAUAGGAACUAUGACGCCAUGAUCGACAGUGGCGCCGCCCCUGGACACUCUAUUUAUUAUAAUUGCAAAUACCCCGUGGACAUCAAAACGUCGGUACUGGUGGUGCGCGGCAAGCCGCAUCUGGUCGCCCUCGACUACUGCAUAGACACCGGCGAGGGCGACUCUGGGAAGAGUGAGUUCCGUCUCUGCUACUACCCGCACAAACUGGACAAGUUCACGAAUAUGCUGGACGAAGCCUUCGCGUCGGGCGCCAAGCACCAAAUCUACGCGGACUUCAAGCCGCUCAGCGAAGUGCCUGUACCUGGCUUCUAUAUUCACGUCAUGGAGAAGCCGCGGAAUUGACCAUGACCUUGACCAUACUAUACUUUGUACCUUUUUAUUUAAUAAAUUAAUUACCCAAUUUCCACCAAGAGUUGAAUGAUAUUAUGCUACUUUUGAAGUUUAGUUGGAGAAUAUGCUAAAUAUUAUAACAUACAUAAAUUACGCGACUUGUGUUGUAAAAUUCAUGUAAGUCGCAUAAUUUAUGAUGACGCUAACACUAACGUGUAUAAAAAUCUACUGGUCAAUUGAUUGCAGAUCAUGGUACUUUAGCUAAUUUAUAUCAAAUAAACAUUCAGCACCUCAUCGUAAGAAUUAUCUCUAAAAUCUCACCUUCUUCAGAAAGAAGAUUUUAUUGUUACCUUGUGACUAUUUAUACCUACUACCUUCUUGUACAGAUGUUUAUCUAGUUAAAUAAAAACUUAAUUCAUUCAUUGAUAUAAUUUUAAGUGAUCCUAGGAAAUAAAAUCCUAGUCAUUAGACUUAUUAUCAUCAUCAUGAUGACAAAAUCCAAAUAAAAAUAUUUAUGUAAUAUUGUUAUGAUUCAAAUAAAACUUAUUUUUGACAUGUCCUAUUUCAUUUAUAUUUUAAUAUUCUGUAAAUUACUGGUAUACAUAAACAAUUAUCAACAUAUUUAGAUUUUCUCUGAUUAGAACAAUAAAACAGUUUUGUAUAAAAUGAAAUAAUUUAUAUUUAGGUAUAAUAAAAUGAAAAUGUGUAGUUGAGAAUUAACUUAGGUGCAGGCUUACAGGUAAGAAUUAAAUCUAAACUAGCUAUGAACUACAGUUUACGAUCCUACAAUGAUGUUGUUGAUUGGAAUGUGUAUCAGCUUUAC